AUGAUUCUUGGCAUACCUUUCAACUUUCACAUGUCCAACCUGCCGGACCUUCCGAAGCUCCUUUGGACCAUCGGUCUGGCCAUCUUCGGAGUUUUCGUGUUACGCACCAUCUACUACCUGACCUUCCAUCCCCUGGCGGGAUACCCAGGCCCUCUGCUCGGACACGUAACCACCGUUUACUCACUUUGGCACCGCGGCAAUGGCUCCAACCACAGCUGGCUACUAUUCCUGCACAAAAGGUACGGUCACAUUGUCCGCAUCGGCCCCAAUGAGCUGAGUUACACCCACCCGGAUGCUUGGCACGACAUCUAUGCCAAGGCGGGAGGUGGGGGUGACAUACCCAAGGACUUUGUCGGACUGGGGCCGGACAUGGCGGCGCCCGAGAAGGGCAUCGUGCGUGCCGACGAUACCAACCACCAGCGGCAGCGGCGGACUUUCUCGCAUGCCUUUUCCGAUCGUGCCGUGCUCAAGCAGGAGAGCCUCGUCCAGGGCCAUGUCCAUAACUUGAUGGGCAAGCUAGCCGAUGAGGAUGCCGAGCCUGCUUCUUCUCGUGGCCGCGUGGAUCUCGUGACCUGGCUAAGUUACCUGGCCUUUGACAUCAUGGGCGACCUUAUGUACGGCGAGCCUCUCGGCAUGCUCGAUAACGACCAGUCUGCUCGCCAGUGGGUUCGCGACACGUACUCGACCAUCAAGACGGUCACGCUCGGCAUGGCAAUGAUGGGUUGGCACCCACCCCUGGGCCCGCUGCUCCUCAGAUCUAUCUGGGGAAGCAGUGGUAAGCGCCGCGCCCGGCACAAUCGCUUCUCCAUGGAUCGCGUUGAUAAGCGCCUGGACCGCGGCGACGACUCAGGUAGCGACAUCUGGUCGAUGAUUAUGCAAAGCAGCGGCGAUGAGAAGCGACCAGGCAUCUCGCGCGCCGAGAUGUAUUCCAAUGCUGCAACGUUCAUGAUCGGUGGGACCGAGACUACCACGGCUGCUACGUCAGCCCUGAGCUACCUGCUGCUCACUCACCCGACCAAGAUGGCCACGCUGCGCGCUGAGCUCGAUACUGCCAUCAAGAAUCCGCAGGAAGACAUUACAUUCACCAAUCUGCGAAAGCUGCCGUAUCUUAACGCGUGCAUUGAGGAAGCCAUGCGUCUCUAUCCACCUGCGCCAACGCCUAUGCCGCGCAUGAUACCCCAAGGGGGACGUGUCAUCUGCGAACGCUACGUGCCGGCGGGUACACGCGUUGACAUUCCGCUGUAUGCCAUUGCGCAUCAUCCAGACAAUUUUGUUGAUCCAGAGGAAUUUGUACCGGAGCGGUGGUUGAGCGACGACGACCGGCCCGCCAAGUAUACUGAUGAUCGGAAAGAUUGCGUCAAGGUGUUUUCCGCGGGCCCAAGAGAUUGUAUUGGCAAGAAGUGA